AAAACUGAUGAAGAUUUAACAAUACCAGCAUUUGUACCCAAAGUCUGGAGAAUUGUUUGCUGUGGUUUUAAAAUUGCAAAACCUGUAUUGUGUAGUACUGAAGAUUAUGCAGAAAUUCAAGGAUUCACAAGAUAUUCAACUAUCUCUAGUUGUUUCGAAACUAUAUCUAAACUUUUGAAAUUGAAAACAUGUCAUGAAAGCGUAGGAGAUUGGAGAACGAUUCAAGGGGCAUCUUGUGAGACAUUUUCAAAAAUAAGUGUUUUUUCUCUGCACACUUAUGAAAAUCGGAUUGAACUUUGGAAAAUAUAUGUUCCGUCCCAUGGUGUUUUACAAUAUGAACGAACACAUAGGGCAACUGUUCCUAUUUGCUUUGAAGAUAAGCGAAAAUUGUUGGUAACUGGAAGUUACUGA